GGCAGCUUCGGAGGGCUGGUGGAAGCUCGAGCACUUCGUCACUUGCCCCACCACCGACCCCGCCAGCGGAAACAUUUAGGUAGUCUGCGCAGAGCUCAACAACGCAUUGCACCACCGCUACUCCUUCAACCUCAUUUUGCACACUUUGAUACCCCCUUAUACCCUUUUCCAUACCUAUACACACAUCAGCAUCCAAGAUGGCACGUCAAUUCUUCAUCGGUGGCAACUUCAAGAUGAACGGCUCUAUUGAGUCCAUCAAGAAGAUUGUCCAGAACCUGAACGACGCCAAGCUCGACCCCAACGCUGAGGUCGUCAUCGCCCCCCCUGCGCUCUACCUGCUCCUCACCCGCGAGCACCUGCGCAAGGGCAUCGAGGUAGCGUCCCAGAACGUCUACGACAAGCCCAACGGCGCUUUCACCGGCGAGAUCUCCGCCGAGCAGCUCAAGGACAGCGGCAUCACAUGGACCAUCCUCGGCCACUCUGAGCGCCGCACCAUCCUGAAGGAGGACGACGCUUUCGUUGCCAGCAAGACCAAGGCUGCGCUCGACGGCGGCAUCAGCGUUAUUCUCUGCUGCGGCGAGAGCCUCGAGGAGAGGGAGGCCGGCACCACUGUCGACGUCGUCACCAAGCAGCUCAAGGCCGUCGCGGACAAGGUCAGCGACUGGAGCAAGAUCGUCAUCGCCUACGAGCCCAUCUGGGCCAUCGGCACCGGCAAGGUCGCCACCACCCAGCAGGCGCAGGACGUCCACGCCGCGCUCCGCGAGUGGCUGAAGAAGGAGGUCUCCGCCGAGGCGGCCGAGAAGACGCGCAUCCUGUACGGCGGCAGCGUCAACGAGAAGAACUGCAGCGAGCUUGCCAAGCAGGCCGACAUUGACGGCUUCCUGGUCGGUGGUGCGUCGCUCAAGCCCGCGUUCGUCGACAUCAUCAACGCCAACUCUGCGUGAAUCCAUGGCGGCGCGCCGAGACUGUAGUUGGAUAUCAUGACAUGAGCUACCUGAUAAUGAACAAAAGUGAACGCACAA